GUGACCGCGCUCCAGAGACUCUCUGCGCUCUGGGGCAGGGCAGAUCUAAAUUGGGAGCAGCGGUGGGCAGUGGGUCUCCACGAUGAGGCCGGCUCUCGCCUUGUGUCUCCUCUGUCAGGCGUUCUGGCCCAGGCCUGGUGGUGGCGAGCACCCUACCGCCGACCGCGCGGGUUGCUCAGCCUCUGGGGCUUGCUACAGUCUACACCACGCUACCAUCAAGCGGCUGGCGGCCGAGGAGGCCUGCAGCCUGCGCGGCGGGUCUCUCAGCACAGUGCAUGGUGGUGCUGAGCUGCGUGCAGUGCUCGCGCUCCUAAGGGCAGGCCCUGGGCCUGGAGGAGGCUCCAAAGACCUUCUGUUCUGGGUCGCCUUGGAGCGCAGACGUUCCAACUGCACCCUGGAGAACGAGCCAUUGCGGGGUUUCUCCUGGUUGUCCCCUGACUCCGGAGAGUCCGAAAAUGACACGCUGCCGUGGGUGAAGGAGCCACAACUCUCUUGUACUGUGCGGAGUUGCGCGGGACUCCAGGCCACCGGUGGGGUGGAGCCCGCGGGCUGGAAGGAGAUGCGUUGCCACUCGCGCGCCAACGGCUACCUGUGCAAGUACAAGUUUGAGAGUUUGUGCCCUGCGCCGCGCCCCGGGGCUGCGUCUAACUUGAGCUAUCGCGCUCCCUUCCAGAUGUACAGCUCCUCUUUGGACUUCAGUCCUCCUGGGACCAAGGUGAGUGCACGCUGCCCGGGGGAGCUCUCCAUCUCAGCCACCUGCGUCGAGGAAGAGAAUGGCGCUCAUUGGGAAGGGCUCCCCACUGGGGCGGUGCUCUGUCCCUGCCCCGGGAGGUAUCUCCGUGCCGGCAGAUGCUCAGAGCUCCCUAACUGCCUAGAUGCCUUGGGAAACUUUGCCUGUGAAUGUGCUGCAGGCUUCCAGUUGGGGAAAGACAGACGCUCUUGUGUGACAAAGUGGGAAGGACAGCCGACCUCUGGGGGAACCACGGGGCUCACCAGGCUCCAGCUGUUCACUGAAGGCAGCCCAGUGCCAAAGAGACCGUCGUCACCUCCAGUCCGUGAGAAGCCAGGAGAGAUACCCCAUGCCACUGGAAAAGACAGUUCUGCAACAUCUGUUUCUGAGAUUCUUCAGUGGGGAACACAGAGCACCACAUCGACCCUUCAAAUGUCCCCUGGAAUCAAGUCAAAGGCCACCAUCACCCCAUCAGGAAGCGUGACCCCCACGUUUAAUUCCACAUCUUCCUCUCUCAUUCCCCAUUCUUUGGACUCCUCAUCCACCGUGGUCUUCAUACUCGUGAGCAUAGCAGUAGUAGUUUUGGUGAUCUUGACUAUGACAGUGCUGGGGCUUUUCAAACUCUGCUUUCACAAGAGCCCUCAGUCCUCAUCAAGGAAGGGGCCUUUGGCCCCGGGGGGCAAGGAGACUGAUGCUGAGACCGCUACUUUGCCUUCUGGUUCUGCACAUUGCACAGACAAUGGGGUGAAGGUCAGGAACUCUGGUGUGCUGGACAGAGCAGAGGGCCCCUCGCUGGCAGGGUCCUCCCUUGGCUCUAGCAACACGUAGGGAAACAAGUCAUGGACACUCCUUGUGAACAUCCUUUCGCCAUUUCAAGGAAAAGGGAAAAGAUAAACUUACUUGUGGGAUGGCGAGUUCUACAGAAAUUCCCCCUUUAAAUUUCCUCUAUGCCACCAAGGAACUCAAUCUGAACAGCACACCCAUUCCCAGAAGGUGGAUGAGGUGGAAGUGCCUUAGUGUGGUACUGGUGGGCAGGGUGGUAAGGGGUGAGGAGGAGGACAGUAUUUUCUUAUGUUCUGGAGAAUUUAGAGAAGUAACAGAACAUUUCAAGACACUGGAAGCAAAUAGAAAACAAUACAUUUUUAAAGGUUAUUUUUUAUCAAAAUAGGAAGGAAACCUGUCUGUAUUGUGCAGCUGAGAACAUACUGAUUUGAAUUUCCCAGUCAAAAUAAAAGAUUGUUGAUAACCCAGAUUCAAAUAUGUUUGGCUUCCACAAGAAGUAACUAUUUAGGAAUAAUUUUAGGAGCAUGUUGGGAAUUGUAACAAAAUUUGGGGUCUUCUGGGAAUAGCCACAAGGUACCUAUUCCUUUUAGAUUGAUGGGAAAGCCCUUAAGCCCUGUGAUAGAACAGAUCUUUCAGAGCUGGUAACUUUUCCCUUUGUUCUUUUAUCCUUUGAUUUCAAAGUCACUGCUACUUGUGUGCUCUGCUAUAAAUCCACAGUGGAGUGUUUCCAGAGUUUCUGGCUCUGGAAGCAAAUUAUAGUUGACCACCAAUUCAAGUGUUUUCUGUGUGCCCUUGCCCAAGGAAACAAAUGAUUUGUGUUUUCCCUUUUCAAUGUUUGUGCUCUCCAGUGUAAUGACCUCUGCAACCAAAUCACCUUAUCCUAAAUAUUAGGAUGCUGAUCCUCACUUCCAAUUAUGGUGAUGUUAAUUCUCAAUUAAAACGUUAAUGCUAAGUAUUGAUUUGAAAUCUUCUGGGUGCAUUAAAGCAAAAGUAAACUGGGUUUCUUUCAAAGUUGGUAGAUGCUUGUGCACUUUUUAAUUCAUGGAUAAACUUGAUUGUCAAUUCAUUUCCUUUUCUUCUGAAUAAGCAUGUGCAGUCACAAUACAUGUUCAUCUUGGAAUGAUUACAAUUUAACAAGAGUCUCCCUUGACAAAGACAUGGUAAACAGCUUUCCAUAGAAUUAAGAGUAGAAGGAAGAAAUGAUAAAUAAAAAAAUCUAUCAAUAAGUUAUGAUUUGGUAUUAUUAGAGAGUAAUCAAAAUGAAGCAUUUCUGUGACAAAAAUUAAGACAUAAUAAAAAUUACUAUGUAGAUGUAUCAAGAUUUCUGAUUCUAGUUUUAAAGUGCUAAGAAUUUAAAAGUGCAAAAGGGUUAGCUCAUGGAGAGAGCUAGAGAAACAAGUUCAGUAAUGGGGAAAAACAAAAAUAGGAAAAAGCUUAUGCUAUAUUUUCACAGAAUUAUUUUGAUAUACUUGAGUGUAUAAUGUAUACAAAGGAGGAUGGACCAAAAUUAGUAAAUUACCAAAAAAUAAAAUAAUCUACUAGAAAAUUAAAACAGCUCAAUGUAUAAGCCCAUUAUUCUAAAUACAAGUCUAUAUUUGGUAUUUUAACAUUAAAGGAAUAGAGUAAUAGAUAAUUUGCUUCAUAUGCUAAAUAUGUUUAUAAGCAAUUACAUUUAAGUAAAAUCAUAAAUGAAAUAGAAUUAGCAACAUUUGAAGGAACUUUAAAAAUUAUCAUUUCUUAAGUGAAACUAAAAAUUGGAUCAAUAAUGGCUUGCCAAAUGUUCCUCAACUCAUCAGAGUAUGUCUCAGCUCACCUCUGUUUUAGUGUUAUAGUUUUCCUCUUUACUACAUGAAUUCUCAGUAGAGAAGGUAACUAUUGAAUAGAGCAUAUAGUGAUUGAAAAAAUACCUUCAUCUGUAACUUAACUGACCUAUAACACACACACACACACACACACACACACACACACUAUCUUAAAGCUGGAUGCUUUUGUAUUAUUAUUUCAUACAACAGAGAAUGUGUCAUUAUUUUAUAAGGCAACAUAUGGUAUUAUGGGUUUUGGGCUCUAAAUAUUCUUUGUGAAGAAUAAAUGGGUAUCAGUCAA